GAUAGCAUAUUUCUUCAUAGGUCCUUUGUAGAUGAUUUGAGUAUUUAUAAGACUCAAAAUAACUUAGUCGUUGACAUUUGUUCUUCAAACAUUGCUAUUACUGUACACUAAGAUCUCUUGGUUCUGCUUCAUUAUUUCAUGCAAGUUUACAACUUUCCUUUGAAGAAACUAAGGGCUGCUUUAAAAUUCUUCAUCUUCCUAGCCCCAAUCACCUGAGCAAAUACACUGGAACAUCUGCCCGGGCAGUUGUUUGCCCUUCCUUCUGGAAGGGAACCAAUGACGUCAAGAGGGUGAUGUCUUCUCUUGGGCAUUAAUUGGAUUUAAGAGAGGCAGAGUUUCGCAAAGUCGUCACAACCUCGCUCUCUCCUGAAGUCACCAAAGUCCAGUGGCAAGAGAUGGACCAGGAUGCAGCGGAUGACCUUGGCCUUUUAAAAUUAAGGUCUUUCCCAGCCCUGAGUUUGUCUAAGGCAACGCCCAUUCAGUGACUAAGGGCUGAACAUCCGAGGGCCAGUGCUGAAUACUGUAUUCAAGAGAGGGAAGUUUCUGAGUUUAUUUUCUUUCUUGAUUUUAUUUACACUUAUUUUUACAUCACCUCCAUUUCCGUAAACUGUAUCCUCUAACUACCCGGCAAGCCAUCCCUUGCUACAAAGAAAAAAGAAAGAAGGGAAAAGGGAAAAAAAGGAAAAGUUCAACAAAACUAACGUUGCAAGUGAACCUGACAGCACUCUUAUAGUUCUGAGCCACGCUCAAAAAGCCCCUUCUCUCCAAAGGGUUUCAGAAAAUCUUCCCUUUAGACAGCAGACGCCUGCAGGUUGUCCCUUUAACUGGACCUUCCCCUCAGACUGGGAGCACCACGAGGCCCGCGCUUUCCCCCUACCCUUUCUAGGACCAGCCAAUCGCAGCCACUGUUCUGCAGGGGCUCGCCCUAGACUUGGACAAGGAGGCCCCGCCGGAGGCCUCUGCGCACCGCUCGCCUGGGCCUUAGGAGAAAGGCUUCAGUGCUCCGGGGAGGGGCGGGGAAAGUGCCUUGGGAACAGCAGGAUCCAGAAGAUCCCGAGCCAAGGAGCUGGAAGCCCCGGCCUUGAUCGCGGCUGAAGGAAGCCAACGGUUAGUGGCCCCGCCCCCGGCCCGCCCCCGGCCUCGGCGCCCCGCUCCUCCUCCGUUCUGCCCUGCUUUCCCCUCCCCUGCUAGUUAAGGCCGGUGCGAGUCGGGCCCGGGGCGCUUAGUCUAUCGGGUCGCGGAGUGAGCCCGGCCGCCCUCCCGCCCUCCGCGCACGCGCCCUCAGGCGGCUCCUCGGCUCGCGCGUCCCCUCUCUGCCCGGGGCCGCCUUCAUUCGCCCCGGCGCCGCCCGCGACAUGCGGGACUACGACGAGGUGACAGCCUUCCUGGGCGAGUGGGGACCCUUCCAGCGCCUCAUCUUCUUCCUGCUCAGCGCCAGCAUCAUCCCCAACGGCUUCAAUGGCAUCUCCGUGGUGUUCCUGGCAGGGGUCCCCGAGCACCACUGCCUGGUGCCCGCCUCGGCGAACCUGAGCAGCGAGUGGCGCAACCACAGUAUCCCGCUGCAGCUGCAGGAUGGCCGCGAGGUGCCCGGAAAGUGCCGGCGCUACCAGCUCGCGGCGCUGACCAAUUUCUCGGCCCAGGGACUGGUGCCCGGGAGGGACGUGAAUCUGAGUCAGGUGGCGCUGGAGCCCUGUCUGGAUGGCUGGGAGUACAGCCAGGACACGUACCUGUCCACCAUCGUCACCGAGUGGGACCUGGUCUGUGAGGAUGACUGGAAAGCUCCACUAACUACCUCCUUAUUUUUUGUGGGUGUGCUUAUCGGAUCCUUUAUUUCAGGACAGCUCUCAGACAAGUUUGGCCGGAAGAAUGUUCUCUUUGUGACGAUGGGGAUGCAGACGGGAUUUAGUUUUCUACAAGUCUUCUCAACAAGCUAUGAGAUGUUCUCAGUGCUGUUUGUCCUUGUGGGCAUGGGACAGAUCUCAAACUAUGUGGCCGCUUUUGUUCUUGGAACAGAAAUUCUGGGCAAAUCAAUUCGAAUAAUAUUCUCCACAUUGGGAGUCUGCAUUUUUUAUGCAAUUGGCUACAUGCUCCUGCCAUUAUUUGCUUAUUUCAUUCGAGAAUGGAGGAUGUUGCUGCUGGCCCUAACUCUGCCAGGGUUGCUGUGUGUUCCGCUAUGGUGGGUCAUUCCUGAGUCGCCCAGAUGGCUUUUGUCUCAGGGAAGAUUGAAAGAAGCAGAGGUCAUCAUCCAGAAGGCUGCAAAAAUCAACGGGAUUGUUGGACCAUCAGUAAUAUUUGACCCCAUGGAGUUACAAGACCUGAAUUCCCGGAAGCAGCAGUCCCACAGUAUUUUGGACCUACUUCGAACCCAGAACAUCCGGACUAUCACCAUCAUGUCUAUAAUUCUGUGGAUGACCAUAUCAGUGGGCUACUUUGGUCUUUCACUUGACACUCCAAACUUACAUGGUGAUAGCUACUUGAACUGCUUCCUCUCUGCUGUGAUCGAGGUCCCUGCAUACAUAAUUGCUUGGCUGCUCUUACGGAACCUGCCCCGGCGGUAUUCCAUGUCAUCUGCCCUUUUCCUGGGUGGCAGUGUUCUCCUCUUCAUACAGCUAGUGCCCCCAGACUUAUACCUCUUGUCAACUGGCUUGGUGAUGAUCGGGAAGUUUGGGAUCACCAGUGCUUUCGCCAUGGUGUACGUGUACACAGCUGAACUCUAUCCCACGGUGGUCAGGAACAUGGGAGUGGGAGCCAGUUCCAUGGCAUCAAGGCUGGGCAGCAUCUUGUCUCCUUACUUUGUUUAUCUCGGUGCCUAUGACCGCUUCCUGCCCUACAUCCUCAUGGGAAGCCUGACUGUACUGACAGCCAUCCUUACCUUGUUCCUCCCAGAGAGCUUUGGGAUCCCUCUCCCAGAUACCAUUGAUCAGAUGCUGAGGGUCAAAGGAAUAAAAUACAGACAAAGUCCUAGCAGCAACAGCAAUGACACGACGAUAUUAAAAGAAGAUGAAGAGAGACACAGAGUCCUUAAAAGCACACCCUUUUAGUGAAGCCUGUAUUCAGUAAGAGGCUGAAGACCUUCCUACAAGAGCUUAUGAGAACACUAAGUGUCCUGGGGUAUCAAACACCCUGGUAUUUAUUACAUCUAACCCAUUCUUCCCUUGAUUGUUGAAUAGGCACAUAGACACUGUUCUUGGAGAAAUCAAGACCAGUUUGCUUUCAAUAUCAGAAUGGACUUGGCUCCUCAUAAAAAGUUCAAUACCUACUAGAAUUAAUGGGUAUUUGAAGUUGGUGUGGGGGUAAUGUACUAAACUGACAGAGUAAGUUGAGAUUCUCUGGAAAAAGCCACUAAUAAAACGGGAUGUUUAUUUUCCUUCCUUCCUUCAUUUGCUGGGAGAUGGCAAUUUUGCUUGUCUUGUUUUCCUAUGUUCCCAAGGACUAUUUAACCAGACUUGUUUCCCCAGGGCUGAGGAAAGGAUGGGUGCUGAGAAAACCUGAAUGUAGUUAGGGUGGGAAUGGAUUUUAUUAUGUAGAAUGUUGGCCAUCAUUCAGUAAUUUGCUCGCAGAAUUUCUCUAAUCACUUGGCACAGAUACUGGAUGAUCAAAGCGUUGGGCUUCUCCAGGCCCACAUAAAAACUAUCACAAUUCUGCCCCUCUAUUUUCCAUUGUUAGAUAAGUCAAACCUUCAAUGUGGCUCUGAGGUGAUAGAUUGUUGUUUUGUUUUAUCCCUAGUAGUCUAAAAGGAACACAGAAUUGAGGAGAAUAUUGGGGAGGCUGGAGAGAGAAAACAAGUUAAUAUCUGUUUUCUCAAAGCCUCGAGAUUUUUCCAACAGAGUGUAGAGGGGAAGGGUUUUCUCUUUAGAUCAUUUGCCCUUCAAACUAUACUUGGAAAAGGGGGCUAACUGGUCCCUAAGUUUUUGCCAUCUGUGCCCAGCUGCAAAUAAACGGGAUGUGAGUAAAUAUGUGCUAGGAGCCAAUGCUGCUAGUACUUGUGUAGAUGCCAAAAGUGACGACAUGGGGUACUUUCCUUUUCUAAUCUCUAUCAUGGAAAAAAUGACUAAGACCAUGGAUGUGAUUUGAGUUUGUCCUGUUAGAUUGUGGGCAUGAGUAUAUCUACUCAUCCAAGUAACAGAAGUACUUACUUUAAGUCGUGUGACAGCUAUAGUUGAAACUGGUUGUGGGGUGAGGAGGGUAGUAAACUUGAUUUGCCUUCUCCCCCCCUCCCGCCCCCCGAUUCUAUUGCCAUGGUACAACUAAAGCAUAUUCUUCACCUGGUCAAAAAAUGCAUUUGUGUGUGUGUGUGAAAACUAGUGUGGUGUCUUAGGGAUGUGAAA